UAAAUAUGAUAAAUUCAAGCAUUUUACACUUUGAUUUUGGACUCAUGACCCAUAUUUUUUAAAAUCCUGACUACAGAAGGCCCACAUACAGGUUAUUGUCCUUUAGACUGUCCGGGAUUUAUGGCGGGAAUCCAGCCUGAUUUGAGGCGCUAGCUAGGUUAGCUUUACCCGGUGUAGUUAGUGUGGUACUUAUUGUGGUCUAAACUCACUCGGAGUAAAACCAGGAGCCAGGAGAGAGGUCCGCUGGGUUUAAAGAGUUCACUUAAAGCGAGUUGAGUCAGUCAGUUACUUAAACUGCUGUAAUUAACAGUGGCCAGGUCGAUUAGCAGCUAAAGCUAAGCUAAGCUAACGUUAGCCGCCAUUAGCAGACUCCAGUUUAAAGUUUCAGAUUAUCUAACUGGGUCUAUGCCGACGGAACAGACUGGAGGAAUGGCGACAGGAAGAAGACAGAUGAAGAAAAAACACCCAGAGGAAAAAAAUGAUAAAGUUUUUGAUUUUACUGGAGACGAAAAGAAAGAGCUGAGCGGUUCAGAGGACGAUGUGAGAGAUGAAACUCCGGUUGUGGACAAACUGGCAAAGAAAAGACCAGCUGCUGACUUUGAAGAGGAGGGAGUGACCUGUGCUGUUGGAAAUGAGGUUCAGUCCAUGUUGGAGAAGUUUGGGGCUGAUAUCAGCAAGGUGAUGCAGGCCAAGAAGAAACGUCUGGAGUGUCUGACGAAGAACUACAUGAAGGGAAGUCAACACAAGCUGGAGGAGCUGUGGAACAACUACCACGGUCAGAGGCAGAAGAUGACUCAGCAGUAUUCUCAGCAGGUGUCGUCGGCGUUGCAGCAGUGGGAGACUGAAGCGCAGCGAGCCGAGGAGCAGGAGGAGAAACUCAACAAUCUGUUCAGACAGCAGCAGAAGAUCCUGCAGCAGGCUCGAGUCGUCCAGAACCAGAAGCUGAAGACGGUCAGAGAACUGUACGAGCAGUUUGUGAAGAACAUGGAGGACAUGGAGAAGAGUCACGAGUCCUUCCUGCAGGGGGCGCAACAGGAGCUGAGGAAGGAGAUGGCCACUCUGCAGAAGAAGAUCCUCAUGGACACGCAACAGCAGGAGAUGGCCACAGUCCGCAAGUCUCUGCAGUCCAUGCUGUUCUAGGCUGCUGUUGCCGCGGCGACAGAGCUUUGUUCCUGCUAGGUCGGUGUUACCGUGGUUACUGCGGUUAUUGUGGUUAAAUAGCUGCCGUUGACUUUGUUUACAUGUUUACACUGAGGUUCUCUGUUUGUUGUUGAAGCUCUGAGUUGUUUUAUUUCAGUCAGAAACAGUUCAAACGUCUGUUCAACGUGUGUUUAUAUGAGAUGUGAUUUAAUUUGUAGAAGAGCUGAUGGUCAGAAUGUCGACGUCGUCUUCACCGUCUGU